UGUUUUGUUUUGUUUUAUUUAUUUUUUGUUUUUUGUUUGGUUAUUUAUUUAUUUACAUUUUUGAAUAGGGCAUAGUUAUAUGCAUCCAUGAGAUAAGAGCUGGAAGAUAUGAUGAUUCAUACUCAUGUACAGUAGGUGGCGGUAUGCACCUUAAGUUGUUUGCAAUCCGCCAUAUAGCCGAGAGAAGAAGAAGAAGAAGCUGAACGUGUCGGAGAUCCCAACGAUCACAACAACAAGAGGCAAAACAUUAUCAUUAUGAAGAGGUCCAAGCCUUCACGUGCAACGGGAAGGAAACGGAAAAAAGAACAGGAGGAAACGAGAGCCAGAGGUACGUCGGCUUGUGAAAACAUAACAUCAGUAUACAUGUCUGCUGCCAGCUGUCUGCUGACUGAAGAUCAGUUUCUGUGCUCCAUCUGUCUGGAUGUGUUCACUGAUCCAGUCAGCACACCAUGUGGACACAACUUCUGUAAAGCCUGCAUCUCUGAACACUGGGAUAGAAAUGUCCCGAGUCAGUGUCCCAACUGCAAAGAGGUGUUCAACAUAAAGCCUGAGCUGCUGGUCAACACUUUCAUCUCUGAGAUGGCUGCUCAGUUCAGACAGUCAGCUCAACAGAAAGCCAGCAGCAGCAGCUCAGAGCAACACGUCUUCAAACCAGGAGAAGUUCCCUGUGAUGCCUGCACUGGAACCAGACUGAAGGCCCUGAAGUCCUGCCUGGUGUGUCUGGAGUCCUAGUGUGAGACUCACCUGGAGCCUCACCUGACAAGGCCAGGCCUGAAGAAACAUCAGCUGAUCGACCCUGUGGAGAACCUGGAAGGCAGGAUGUGUGUGAAGCACGAUAAACUGCUGGAGCUGUUCUGUAAGACCGACCAGGUGUGUGUCUGCAUGCUCUGCAGUGUUUCAGAGCACAAGACACAUGAUGUUGUUCCUCUGAAAGAAGGAUAUGAAGGAAAGAAGGCAGAGCUGGGGAAGACAGACGCUGAAAUUCAGCAGAUGAUCCAGAAGAGACGACUAAAGAUUCAGGAGAUGAAUCGCUCAGUGGAGGUCAGUAAGGAAGGAGUAGACAGAGGGAUAGCAGAUGGUGUUCAGGUCAUCACCGCUCUGGCGGCGUCUGUAUACGGUAGCCAGGUCAACAUCAUCAACACCAUCCUAGAGAAGCAGAGAGAGACAGAGGAACAGGCUGAAGGCUUCAUCAAAGAGCUGGAACAGGAAAUCUCUGAGCUGAAGAAGAGAAGCUCUGAGGUGGAGCAGCUCUCACGCUCUGAAGACCAGCUCCACCUCCUCCAAAGCUUCACGUCCCUGAACGCUGCUCCACCCACCAAGAACUGGACAGAAGUCAGGGUCCGUCCACCUUCAUAUGAGGGGACUGUGGUGAGAGUUUUGACUCAGCUGGAGGAGACGCUCAGUAAACAGAUGAAGAAGCUGCUCGCUAAGGUGGAGCUGAAGAGGGUCCAGCAGCAUGAGGUGGAGGUGGAGCUGAUGAGGGUCCAGAAGUAUGAGGUUGAGGUGACUCUUGAUCCAGAUACAGCACAUCCCAACCUCAUCCUGUCGGAUGAUGGAAAACAAGUUAAACAUGGUGAUGUGAAGAAGAAUCUCCCAAACAAUCCAGAGAGAUUUAAUCCUUGUUCCAAUGUUUUAGCAAAGCAGAGUUUCUCUUCAGGAAGAUUUUAUUACGAGGUUCAGGUUGAAGGGAAGACUGAUUGGUAUUUAGGAGUGACCAGAGAGUCGAUCAACAGGAAGGGAGAGAUCAUAGUGACUCCUCAGAAUGGUUACUGGACGAUAUGGUUGAGGUAUUACAAUGAGUACAUAGCCAAUGAUUGGAGGCAACACGGUCUCUCUCUGAAGUCUCAGCCUGAGAAGGUGGGGGUGUUUGUGGAUUAUGAGGAGGGUCUGGUCUCCUUUUAUGAUGUUGAUGCUGCAGCUCUGAUCUACUCCUUCACUGACUGCUGCUUCAAAGAGAAACUCUACCCAUUCUUUUGUCCUUCUCGUAACUUUAAUGGUGACAACUCUGCCCCUCUGAUCAUCUCUCCUCUCAAUCACACUAAGUGGGACAACAAUUUGAUUUGAAAUCAGCUUCAAUAUCAUUUAAUGUUAUAAAUGUAUGUGUUUUAUGGGAUGGGCGUUGUAUACACUUUGUUAUCAGAUUGUGAUCAAUGCAUUUUUUUUUCUGUAAAUGUUUCAUUGCUACUAAAACAGCACACCAUGUUUACCGCAUAUAUUGAAAUGAUCUGAUGAAUUCUGAAAACGCUAUAACCUGCCUUUGAAACUGUAAUAUCAUAGAAGAAAAACAUGAAAUAAGAAGCAUUUGUACUUUCCUGACAUGCCUUGAUGCUAAAUCUAACACUUAUAUUGUCUUAUCAUUGUAUAUUUCGGACAUUUUGCAUCAUGGCACACAUUACUGAAGACAAUUUAAGGAAUAUGACAAAAGUUAUUUGAUUUUAAUCUCAUUUUCCUGGGGAUGACAAAGUCAAGUCUGAAAUUAUUUUCUUUGUUAAUAAAGUUAUAA